AUGCGCGCGCGCCUGCCGCUCGUGCUGCGCCAGCUCGGCCGCCCGCCGCGCCCCCCGGGCCCCCGCUUGCCCUGCCGUGCCAGCAGCAGCAGCGGCGGCGGCGGCGGAGGAGGAGGAGGAGGAGGAGGGAGCGGCCGGGACGGCCUGCUUGGCCAGCGGCGGCUGCAGGAUGGCCAGGCCUGGAGCAGCUGCGGCCCCGGUAGCCCGGUGCCCCCUGUGCGGGACUCGAUCGUCCGAGAAGUCAUUCAGAAUUCAAAAGACGUCCUGAAUCUGUUGCAAGAGAAAAACCCUGCUUUUAAACCUGUUCUUGCCAUUAUUCAGGCGGGGGAUGACAACUUGAUGCAGGAGGUAAACCAGAACUUGGCUGAGGAGGCCGGCCUGAACAUCACGCACGUUUGCCUUCCUCCGGAGAGCAGUGAAGAUGAGAUCAUAGAUGAGAUCCUGAAGAUGAAUGAAGAUACCAGGGUGCAUGGUCUUGCCCUUCAGGUCCCAGAGAACUCUCUUAGCAGCAAAGUCCUCAAUGCCUUGAAGCCAGAAAAAGAUGUGGAUGGGGUAACAGACAUAAACCUGGGGAAGCUGGUUCGUGGGGAUGCCCAUGAGUGUUUUGUCUCACCUGUCGCGAGAGCUGUAAUUGAACUUCUUGAAAAAUCAGGUGUCAACCUGGACGGGAAGAAGGUCUUGGUUCUGGGUGCCCACGGAGCGCUGGAGGCCGCGCUGCAGUGCCUGUUCCAGAGGAAAGGUUCCCUGACCAUGAGCUCCUGGUGGAAGACGCCACAGCUGGAGAGCAAGCUUCAAGAGGCAGACAUUGUGAUCUUGGGCUCCCCAAAGCCAGAAGAAAUCCCCCCUGCAUGGAUACAGCCAGGAACUACUGUUCUCAGCUGCUAUCACAACUUCACACCGGAGAAGCUGGGCUGUGAUUUUCCCGCGGUACAACUCGGCGGAUCCAUCGCCCAAGAUGACGUGAGCCUCCUCACAGCAGCGCUGAGGAUUCAGAACAUGGUCAGCAGUGGCAGGCGAUGGCUCCGCGAGCAGCAGCACAGGAGGUGGAGACUUCACUGCUUGAAGCUGCAGCCCCUGUCCCCCGUCCCCAGCGAUAUCGAGAUCUCAAGAGGACAGACUCCAAAAACCAUGGAUGUGCUUGCCAAGGAGAUAGGAUUGCUCCCAGAGGAAAUCGAGAUCUAUGGCAAAGGCAAAGCCAAAGUCCGCUUGUCCCUGCUGGAAAGGUUAAAGGAUCAAGCAGAUGGAAAAUACAUCCUGGUAGCUGGGAUCACGCCAACGCCCCUUGGAGAAGGGAAGAGCACAGUGACGAUCGGGCUCGUGCAGGCGCUUACCGCGCACUUGAACGUCAAUUCUUUCGCCUGUCUGAGGCAGCCGUCCCAGGGGCCAACUUUUGGAGUGAAAGGAGGAGCUGCCGGUGGCGGAUAUGCCCAGGUCAUCCCCAUGGAGGAGUUCAACCUUCACUUGACUGGGGACAUCCAUGCCAUCACUGCCGCCAAUAACUUGCUGGCCGCCGCUAUUGACACAAGGAUUUUGCACGAAAGCACUCAGACAGACAAGGCUCUGUAUAAUCGGCUGGUCCCUGUAGUGAACGGUGUCCGUGAAUUUUCAGAAAUUCAACUGGCUCGGCUAAAAAAACUGGGAAUCAAUAAGACUGAUCCUAGUGCACUGACGGAAGAGGAAGUGGGGAAAUUUGCCCGCCUCAACAUCGACCCCUCCACCAUCACGUGGCAGAGAGUGGUGGACACCAAUGACCGAUUUCUCAGGAAAAUAACCAUUGGGCAAGCAGGCACGGAGAAGGGAUGUUCCCGGCAGGCACAGUUUGACAUUGCUGUGGCCAGCGAGAUCAUGGCGGUGCUGGCCCUGACUGACAGCCUCGCUGACAUGAAGGAGCGGCUGGGAAGAAUGGUGGUGGCCAGUGACAAAGACGGGCAGCCUGUCACGGCAGAGGAUUUGGGGGUGACAGGUGCCUUAACAGUUCUGAUGAAAGAUGCAAUAAAACCGAAUCUGAUGCAGACCCUCGAAGGAACGCCUGUGUUUGUACAUGCCGGCCCCUUUGCCAACAUUGCUCAUGGCAACUCUUCGGUGUUGGCUGAUAAAAUCGCCCUGAAACUGGUUGGUGAGGAAGGAUUUGUAGUGACUGAAGCUGGAUUUGGUGCCGAUAUUGGAAUGGAGAAAUUCUUCAACAUCAAAUGCCGAGCGUCCGGCUUGGUGCCCAACGCAGUUGUGCUGGUAGCCACAGUGCGAGCACUGAAGAUGCAUGGGGGCGGACCGAGUGUAACUCCUGGUGUCCCUCUUAAGAAAGAAUACACCGAGGAGAACAUCCAGCUGGUGGCCGACGGCUGCUGUAACCUCCAGAAGCAAAUUCAGAUUGCUCAGCUUUUUGGGGUUCCCGUGGUGGUGGCGCUGAAUGUCUUCAAGACCGACACCCGUGCAGAGAUCGACUUGGUUUGCGAGCUGGCCAAGCGGGCUGGUGCCUUCGAUGCGGUCCCCUGCUAUCACUGGUCGAUCGGUGGAAAAGGGUCGGUGGACUUGGCUCGGGCCGUGAGAGAAGCUGCAAACAUGGGCAGCCAUUUCCAGUUCCUCUAUGAUGUUCAGCUUCCAAUUGUGGAAAAGAUAAGAAAGAUUGCCCAGGCUGUCUAUGGAGCCAAAGAUAUUGAACUCUCUCCUGAGGCCCAGUCCAAAAUAGAUCGUUAUACUCAACAGGGUUUUGGGAAUUUGCCCAUAUGCAUGGCGAAGACCCACCUGUCUCUGUCUCACCAGCCUGACCAAAAAGGUGUGCCACGAGAUUUCAUCCUGCCCAUCAGUGAUGUCCGGGCCAGUAUCGGGGCCGGCUUCAUCUACCCUUUGGUUGGAACGAUGAGCACCAUGCCGGGGCUGCCCACUCGGCCCUGCUUCUAUGACAUCGAUCUUGAUACGGAAACAGAGCAAGUGAAAGGUUUGUUCUGAG